CUCAUGAUGCCAUUUAGCAACAGAUGAGCAGCGAUACAUGUUCAUUUUGGGCAGCCAGAGACAAGCAUUGCAAUCGCCAGUGUGCCCCGGAGGACCACUCCAGACUGUGUAAUGGUUGACGGGGUCGCGGUGCUUCCCGUCCUUCUCGCACCGUAGUCUGGCCAGCGUUUUAGCGGCUUCCUGAUCCUCCCCAAACCCGCGUGUGUGCUCUCGCUGGCGGUGACUUUUCUGUGGUGGCUCGCUAUGGAUGUGCUAUGGAUGAUACCGCUAUUGCUGAUCCCGCUCCUGUUGUGGACCAGCAGCACGUUUGUUUUUUAUUUCAAAAAGUGCUUUUACGUCGCCUACAUGAUGGGUUUGGCGCUGUUCGCCAUUCCUCUGUGUAUACUGAAGAGCGGAGGCAGAGACAUUGAAAACAUGAGGAUCAUCCGCGUCUUGGUUCGUCAUGUAAAGUACUUCCUGGGUCUUCGAUUUGAUGUGAGCGGUUGGGAGCACCUGCAGACAGAGGGACCCUAUGUCAUCAUCUCCAACCACCAGAGCUCCCUGGAUGUUUUGGGCCUGAUGGAGAUCCUACCUGACCGCUGCACCAUGAUCGCCAAGAAGGAGUUGAUCUACGCCGGCACAGUGGGUCUCAUUUGCUGGCUGGGUGGCAUCGUCUUUAUCAACCGCAAGAAGACAAGUGACGCCAAGAGUGUGAUGGCUGACGCUGCCAAAACCAUGUUGGACGACCAGAUUCGUCUGUGGGUGUUCCCAGAGGGGACGCGAAACCAGAGAGGAGACCUGCUGCCCUUCAAAAAAGGAGCUUUCCACCUGGCAGUGCAGGCACAAGUCCCCAUCAUACCUGUCGUUUUCUCCUCCUACAGCAACUUCUACCUACGGAAAGAAAAGCAGUUCAACUCGGGGACCAUCAGAUUGAAGAUCCUUCCAAAGAUCGAGACAAAGGGGAUGACGUCAGACGACGUUUCAUCCCUCGCCGACAAAUCCUUCAACCUGAUGCGCUCUGCCUUCCUAAGCAUCUCUGACUCCGUAACCCAGAGCAACGGGCCGUUGAGGCACUGAACAUUUACCAUAAUUCUCCCGCCACUUUCUCCUCCUUUUUCUCCUGUCUGAGACCCAUUCCCUCCCUCAGAACCUCCCCCUCGCUCUCCCCCAGGUUGUCCCAUUACCUGGCCAGGAAACAACAUGACACCGGUCUCUUGUCAUGAAAUCUCUUCUUGUCUAGUUGACGCCUGGUCCGGUCUGCCUCUGGCCCGACCAUACAGCACAGUCAGUCCCGACCCUCACUGUGUCUGCAGCAGCACGCCGUGAGCGGAGUGACGGACGGCAAGCCGAACAGUAUGGAUGUGUGUCGUUCUUCAUGCAUGCCUUUGUGGCUCUGUCCACCUUCAUCCUCGCUUUAUUCUCUGGCUUCGGAAGCCUGUUUUUUUGUCUUACUUUAUCACCAUUUUGUACUUUUACUUUUUGGCCUUUUUUUUUCUCCGCCUGCCUUCUGUUUAGCAGAUAAUCCUCUGCAUUUUUACUCCAUAUAUGUCUGGAUACUCAUCUGUUCCUCUCAUAAGGCCUUUAUUUUAUGCUCUUGCACACACAGAUACACACACACACAUUCAAUGCACCCCAUCUCCUUCCUUCCUUUCCUUUUAGCGUGUCCCUCUGCAUUCCAGUCUCUCGCCUAAAGACAAAAGGAGCGGGGUCUCUAUGAGUGGUGGAGCGUGCGGAGGUGAGAGGUCGACGCCGGUCGACCACAGACUUCUUAAGAUCUGUCGCUAUGAAUUCAACUCUAUAUCCAUAUUUGCUCUUCAACUCAAUGAACGGUAACUCCAUGACAUAUUUUCAUGAUGUCAGAAAGCAAGGAAUUCAAGAUUACAAGAUACAGCGUGUAACAAUAGCACCCAUCUGUACUGAAUUACUGGACUUCAGUGGACUGAUCAGUUUUCAAUGUUGUGCAUCGUGGGUGUAUCAUUGUGCAUUCUCUCAGUUUGUCUUUCCAAAAAGUUAGGUAGAGCCUGCGCGCGGCAUCGAGCAACAAGUGUCUUCUCGCUGUAUUUUUGCUUUUUAUUUCUUUCUUCUUUUUUUUUCCUGCUCAGAAAGGAACUCACAAGUGAACCUAUUUAAGACGUGUCAAAAAGGCGAUUUCAUACUGUGCAAUGUCCAACUGUUUUUACUGUUCCAAAGUGCAAAGCUACCUGCUGUGCCAUGACUGUUUUUUGGGAAGUUUCCAAUAGAAGCCCGUUACUAUCUCACCACGACCUGCUGAAUCAGUCAUCUCACUUUACCAAUGAUAUAAUUUCCCUUUACAGAUGAUAUAAGGUAGCUCUUGUUGUAGGGAUGUGGGUGAAUAUUAUGUGGGAAUUUUAAAAUGAUUUUAGAUCUCAAGUGUUUUUCUUCGUACUCUUUUUUUUUUUUGACAGAUUUUAUUUGUUCUGUUUAACUUGAAGAUUCGUUAAUUACUAACAAACCUGGCUACAUCUCAAGAUUUUUUUAAAAAAUCAGUGAAUAACAGUGUUUUUAGUUGUGAUUCGGUUAUUGAUUAACCUCAUAGAAGAAUAUAAAAUUGUUUAAAAAGCUGUGGGAAUUUUGGCCUUAAGUUUUGAUUGGUUGUCAUCGUUGCACCGUGGAUUUUUCGGCUAGUUUUGCUCAGUUUCUGUUUUGUAACAUGUAGUGACAAUGACUUCUAAAUGUGUUAUAGAACUGACUGAACUGUUUACAUCCGGGUCUUAGAUUUCACGUUACUCACUGCCUUUACACUCUUUUGCAAAAUCACUUGUUUCGCCGCUUUUGCCCAUCAUCUGAGAAUGUAUUUAAGCAUUCAGGAUAUUUGUGCACUAAUUAUUGCAUUUUAUUGUUCUUUUUUUUUUCAAAGUUAUUGUAUUAACGUGGGAUGUUGUCUUGCAUACACUUGGCGUCACAUCUAGGAUAUUUAUUUGACCAUUAAAUGUUAAAUUUAGA